AAACAAACAAACAAACAGAAGAUGAUGCGCAGGGUCUUUUGUUUGUGCAGACGUCAUAAUUUUGUCUCUGUCAGACAUGUCACAUGACGGGCGAAGACCUCGAGACAUUUCUUGGAGCCAGUCUUCUUUCUCGAAGCUUUCUCAGCCACUUCGAACAUCUGAAUGUCAACGGCUGCCAAGAACCAGGAAAUGAGAGACAGAGGCCUUUAUGAUGCUGCCUAAAUCAACAAGUGGCAGUGCGACAAGGCACAGUCAUCUCGAACAGCGACCAUGGUGGAUGACUCUGCGCUAAGGUGACAUUCCGAGAGCGAAUGCAACGGCGAAGAACCAUUAAAACCACUGAAAAGUGCUGCCUAAUCAGCCCUAUUCGACUGCCGGAAUCCGAAGAGGAAGAUGAUUGGCAGGGGAUGCUCCACUAGAACUGCUGGAAUGGAGACGCUGAAUUCCACAGACUUCCGUCAUUAUAUUACUCCACGGCGGUAUCCUUCUGUGCUGCCUUUUGGACGCCAUUCCCUGUCUUUCCCUCCGUUUCCUAUCCACUGCUACCACUAUGAAGGUCGCCCUGCUCACCUUAGCAGCGGGCUUGGCCAAUGCCGCCUCGAUCGCCGUCACUCCACGCGCGUUCCCCAAUGCUCCUAAUGAAUAUGCUCCCGCCAAUGUUUCCUGUCCGUCCACUCGCCCCAGUAUCCGCAGUGCUGCUGCGCUGUCGACCAAUGAGCGAGACUGGUUGCAAGUGCGUCGGAAUGAGACCCUUCAGCCCAUGAAGGAUUUCCUCGGCCGGCUCAAUCUGAGCUCCUUUGAUGCCUCUGGGUACAUUGAUCGUCAUAAAAGCAAUGCAUCAAACAUUCCAAACGUAGCCAUUGCCGUUUCGGGUGGUGGCUAUCGCGCUUUGACCAACGGUGCCGGUGCUAUCAAGGCAUUCGAUAGCCGUACCUCCAACUCCACAGCCCGUGGACAACUCGGAGGUCUACUACAGUCCGCCACGUAUCUAUCGGGCCUGAGUGGUGGCGGAUGGCUUGUAGGCUCCGUGUACAUCAAUAACUUCACCACGAUCGGGGACCUGCAGGCCAGCGACAAGGUCUGGGAUUUCAAGAACUCGAUCCUGGAAGGUCCUGAUGUAAAACAUUUCCAACUGAUCAACACGGCCGCCUACUGGAAGGAUCUGUACGAUGCUGUGAAGGACAAGAAAAAGGCCGGCUUCAAUACGUCGUUGACCGACUACUGGGGCCGCGCUCUGUCCUAUCAGUUCAUCAACGCGACCACCGACGAUGGUGGUCCCAGUUAUACAUGGUCGUCGAUUGCCCUGGCCGACGAUUUCAAGAAGGGUAAGAUGCCCAUGCCUAUCCUGGUCGCCGAUGGCCGCAACCCGGGCGAAAUAGUCAUCGGUAGCAACUCAACCGUGUAUGAAUUCAAUCCAUGGGAAUUUGGCUCUUUUGAUCCGUCUGUAUACGGCUUUGCCCCAUUGGAGUAUCUCGGAUCAAAUUUCGAGAACGGUGAACUCCCCAAGGGGGAAAAGUGCGUGCGCGGCUUUGACAAUGCGGGUUUCGUUAUGGGAACCAGCUCGUCCCUGUUCAACCAGUUCAUCCUGCGUCUGAAUGGCACUGAUAUCCCUGAUUUCCUCAAGGAGGCUAUUGCCGACGUCUUGGAGCAUCUGGGUGAGAAGGAUGACGAUAUUGCAGUCUAUGCACCCAACCCCUUCUACAAAUACCGCAACUCGACAGCGGCAUAUUCGUCGACCCCAGAGCUGGACGUGGUCGACGGAGGCGAAGAUGGACAGAACGUGCCUCUCCACCCAUUGAUCCAGCCCACCCGCAACGUGGAUGUGAUCUUUGCCGUCGAUUCAUCCGCUGAUACGGAGCAUAGCUGGCCCAACGGGUCCUCUCUGAUCUAUACCUAUGAACGUAGUUUGAAUACAACGGGUAUCGCCAACGGGACCUCCUUCCCUGCGGUGCCCGAUGUCAACACAUUCCUCAACCUCGGCUUGAACAAACGCCCAACCUUCUUCGGAUGCGACUCGUCCAACACCAGCAGCCCGACCCCGUUGAUCGUCUACCUGCCCAACGCCCCUUACACCGCGGAGUCCAACACCUCGACCUUCCAGCUGGCAUAUAAAGACCAACAACGCGACGAUAUCAUCUUGAACGGCUACAACGUCGUGACCCAGGGCAAUGCCAGUACCGACGCGAACUGGCCGUCAUGCGUUGGGUGUGCCAUUCUCCAGCGAUCCACGGAACGUACGAACACUAAGCUUCCUGAUAUCUGCAAUACCUGCUUCCAGAAAUACUGCUGGGACGGCAAGACCAACUCCACCACGCCGGCGGCCUAUGAACCGGAGCUGCUAAUGGCGUCGUCAACUUCCGGGGCGUCGAAGGGUCAACUGAAUCGCACAGCUGCAGUCAUCGCGUUCGCGGUCAUGUUCUUUAUGACGAUCUAAAUGUCUGUGCCUUGUUCUGGGAUACGUUAUGCCGUGGCGUAGUAUGCCUUAUGAAUGCUUCCACUGAUUUAUUAUCUGCUAUCGCAAAAUUCUGAAUAUUCCCUCCUUGCAUUGACUGUUUACUAGCGUAUGUCGAAUUGAGUGUACCUUAAAUACAGAACUUGGCGAUUUCUCUGUUGUUCAUCCGAGAAUAUACCUCAAGUCAUAAUUAUUUCUA